AUGCGGCCCCUCGACGUGGUGGAGCUGGCGGAACCCGAGGAGGUGGAGGUGCUGGAGCCCGAGGAGGACUUCGAGCAGUUCCUGCUGCCGCUCAUCCACGAGAUGCGGGAGGACAUCGCGGCUCUGGUCCGCGAGCGCGGCCGGGCCUACCUGCGGACCCGGGGCAAGCUGUGGGAGAUGGACAAUCUGCUGCUUCACCUCCAGACGCAGGUGGAGGCGUCCGAGCAGAGCGCGCUCAACCACCUGCAGAGCCCCGACGACGGCGCGGCCGCCGGGCCCGAGCGCGCCGCCGACAAGGCCCGGGAGACGGCCAAGAUGGCCGAGAUGCUGGUGGAGCUGGUGCGGCGGAUCGAGCGCAGCCAGUCCGCCUGA